AUGGGAGGCAGCGCAUGGAACGCUGACGAUGAAGAGUUUCAUUUGGAUAUUUGGGACAAAAGUAUGAUGCGUAAAUCGGCAAUUCGAAUGGUUUUCAGUUCAGUUUGGUUAGGCAUCUUUGCUGCUGUUGCAAUCACUUUUGGCAUCCUUUCAACAAGAGAACAAAGAAGAGGACCGGUAUUCUUCAUCCAAUGUAUCAGUUUCCCUUUAGCUAUAACGUAUAAUUUGCAAGAGGCCAUUAUUGGAUUUCAUCGUUUUACCGGCACUUUUGCUUUUCCAGAUGAAUCGAUUCACUAUGAAACCUAUUUACGUGUUCACGUUUUGGACAUCAGCUUGGAGCAUUUCAUUCCUUUGAUUUCCGAUUUGGCCGUUUUAUGCAAAAUACGAUCAUUUUAUCCGCAUCCUUUAUACUCUUUCCGUCAACAGACUUUGAUCCUCUUGCCUUUUGUUAGCCUUUUAAUUCCAAGGCUCGGUCUUAGCAUAGCAAAUACGUAUGCCGUCUAUCGUUCAGAAUCAUCGGUUGAAUGGAGUCCCGAUAAAUCAUUUCCGGGAAUUUUAGGAUUCAAUUGGGUACCAAUGUUACGAGCAACCUCACAAGCAGAAUACGGUUUACAGGCAGUUUAUUGCGCCGGUUCUGCAAUCAUUCUUUUAUACAAAUCACUCUCAUUUACCAAUUUGCGAAGUGCACAAUUACGUCGAGACUUGGUUCGACGUCGAUUACGAUUCUUUGUUGAAGCUUUAUUGAUGACUUUCAUUCCACCUUUUGUUUUCAGUAUCGCGGCAGCAAGCGUUUUGGAUUGUCCGGCAACGAAAUAUUGUUAUUACAGAGAAAUGGCAGGAAGUGUGGUUAAUACGUCUGUCUUGUUUGGUUUAUUGGCGACUACAUGGUCAAGCAUUCGUGUAAAGCAUGAUAGCGAAAUAUCAUCUUUAAGUUGCAAAUCGAAAUAUGACACAUCCGCUUUUAACUAUGACGAUGAAAGUGGGCAAUUUGCUAGCGAGUUGGAUACAAUCAGUACUCGAUUCGGAUCAAAAGCAAAAAUGCAACAAACGACAAGCAAGAAAAGUCAGCAACAAAAAGGUAAAGAUGACUCAUUUCAUUUACCCGAACCCAAAGAUGAACGUAUUUACGAUCUCACUCCAACAUUUCGUGAACACAACAAUACCCUUCAUCAAAGACAAUCCUCUAUUGUGCACAACUAUCAAUCGGAAUCCGUUGUAGAUAUGAUUGAUUCGUCCAUCCUUCAUCAACAAUUAAGUGUUAGUCAAUUCUUAUCAACUUCUAGUCAAACACCUUUUCAUGAUCAUGAUUCGGAUAUCGAUCAUCAAUUCUCAUGGACAAAUGACAAAGAAGGAACUUCAACCGAUGUCAAAGUUCGACAAGUGGUUGCACGUGCUUUGUAG